GGAAUAUAUAGGAAUAAAAUGAGCUGGAAAUUAGAUAUAAAGAAGAGCAAUUCAGCCUCUAAAGACUAUAACAAGCACAAGCUCCCCUUGCAUAGGACCUAUACUGGUAAAAUUGGCAUGGGUGAGCAGGAGAGGUCUCUCAGUUCCAAUUUUUCAGACCUUGAUAUACAAGAAGGAAGUACAGCAAGAAUUCGAUUGGGGAAUAUAAGGAAUAGUUCAAAGUAUUUCUCUGAAAGAACCCUGGACCUAGAAAGCCAGACAGAGAGAAGACCUGUUGGUGUUUAUAAAGUUGGAGCAGACAAUAUUCCUCGCAUGCAGAGAAAAUAAUGAUAGAGGCAAAAAGACCUUAGUGCUUGACUUAGAUGAAACAUUAGUUCAUACAAUCGGAGACUUUGAUGACUACCCAGCAGGUUGUAAGCCUUUUACUUUGCUAUGGAAUGUAAAGAAGAAAGGGAAGCUUAGAAAAGCUACAGCUACAACAUUUAUUAGGCCAGGAGCUUUUAAUUUCCUUAAAGAAGUCACCCAGAUGUUUGAAGUAAUCUUCUUCACAGCAGCCACUGAAAAAUAUGCUAGAGAAGUAACUAAACUGUUAGACAGAGAUUUUUAUAAACCAUAUCUCUUGACAAGGAAGGAUUGCAUAUUCAGAGAUGGGAUGUUCAUCAAGGAUCUUUCUAUUAUUCCGAGAAACUUAAAGGAUGUUAUAAUCAUAGAUAACUUAUCAGAAUCGUAUCUUCAUCACCCAGACAAUGGAUUGCCGAUCCCAUCUUGGGUUUGAGAUCCACAAGAUGAAGCAUUUGACAAGAUACUAACAGUGCUCCAGAUACUUAAUAAGGCUAAUGAUGUACGCCCUUUAAUCAGAAAAUGUGUAACUAAUGAAAAGAUUUUACUGUAUAAACUUUACGAAAUAAGCAAAAAUCAGAAGAAGUCUUCUCCUAGCUCAAGAUCCAAUAAUUUAAUAAAAGGUUUUAACAAAGGCACUACUGCUUUGUUGAGUAUUUCAGAAAAGGAUUCAACCAAAGAUAACUCUAAAAUCAAUAAUUCUGAGUUGGAUAAUCAAGAGAAUAGCAUCAAUGGAACCACACAGAGAUAUAAACGUAGAAUGAGUAUUGCCAAGAUCUCUCAGAAUUUUUCCCUAGUAGAUUCUUUCAGUUCAAAUUCUAUAUGUGAUCUUAGACACAAGAAUUACAAGAAGCAGAGCUACACGCCCAAGUCAGUGAAAAGACAAAGAGCCGAUCAUCCUUUGAAUGACUUCUCUGCAGAGUCUCCAAAGAGGCUAAAGCCAUCGAAUGUGAAGCUAUCUCAAAAGAAGCUUAUCUCUGGUAUUGAGCAAGAACCAGGAAUAUUGAACCCCAGAGUGACCAUGCAGCCUCGUGCUAGGCACCCUUUGCUGAACUUCAGUGUGAGGAGUUACAAGAGGCAACAGACUGGGAGACAAGUAUAUUGUCCCAAAAGACAUGCGCAUAGCUUAGCAAUGAUUAACCAAAAGCCAGAAGAGAACUCCAAAAUCUUCAAGUAUGUUAAAGAAGAUUCAGAGGUUUCUUACGAAGAUGGUGGUACUGAAGAGCUUAUCUUCUACUAAGCCCUAAUAAUCUUGCUAAAAUAGAUAACGAUAAGGUAUUCUACAUAAGAAACUUACCAGAAGGAUUGGUCUCUAGGU